AUGUGCAUAGGGGGCAACGUGCACAGAAGCAGAAAGGAUCCCCGCCCCCCUCGAAAGAGGGCAUUCAAUUCAAAGCUCGCACCCGCUCUCCUCCCUUGCCAGCCGAGGAGACAGGGAGCACGAGGAGAGCGAAGACCGCGCAGAGCAGAGAGACCAGAGAGGGAUAAACCUCCCUCCAUUUUUAUUACACCAAAAACCCACCGCGAAGGUCUCUCCAGAUUCGCUCCACGUUCCUCGCAACGCUCCCCGCUCGCCGAAUCGAGCCCCCAAUGUGCGCGCCAGCAGCGCGGGCGAGUGCGAGAUCCGGGGGCGCCGUUUGACCUGGGCAGGGCAGACGGCUCCGGCUCCGACUCCGGGCGCUGCCGCAUUCGGCGAGGGUUGGCGCUCCGGGGUGAGAAUUACUUAUCGAUGACUCGGGCAUCAACUCUUGAUUUUCGGCGGAAGACGCAGGGUCAGAACAACUGGUCUGGGCCGUUGCGCCCAGUAAACGUCAUCAGAAAUAAAUUCCCUACCUACAAGAAUGGUUUGAAUGGGAUAGUCAUCAAAUUUGCAGAUGAGCCAGAAAUGCCAUCUCUUAAGGAGUCUGUUGCUAAAGAGACAGCAGAUCUGCUUGAUCGGCGUCAGCGUCUUUCAGUCCGCGAGCUCGCAAUGAAAUUUGAGAAGGGCCUCAGUACUGCCACAUUAUUGUCUAACGAGGUUAAAUGUAAACAAGUGGCUUUAUUGGAGCGAGACAUCCUUCUGAAGAAUCUAAAGAGUGUAUUGGAGUCACUGAGAGGUCAAGUAGCUGGCAAAUAUAAGGAUGAAAUCGAGGAAUCAGUAUCUAUGGUGGAUAUUUUAGCAGUUCAGCUGUCCAAAAGAGAAAAUGAGUUGCUUCAGCAGAAAACCGAGGUCACGAGAAUAGCGACUUCACUGAAACUGGCUUCUGAAGAUGCUAGGAGAAUUGUUGACGAAGAACGAACUAAUGCCCGCACGGAGAUUGAAAAUGCUAGAGCUGCUGUACAAAGAGUUCAAAAAGUACUUAAAGAGAAAGAGAACAGUUCACAAAGAAUUGGGAAGCAGGAUGUGGAUGAACUUAGGGAAAAAGUUCAAGAAGCACGGAGAGUGAAGAUGCUGCAUUGCCCCAGCAAGGCAAUGGACAUAAAAAGCGAGAUCCAUGUUCUACGUGAUCAAUAUGCUGAGAUAUCUUCCAUUUCUGCUCAUCUUUUAAAAGAGUUGGAGUUGCACCAAAGUUUUAAGGAAAAUGGCGUGCCCUCAUGUGAGUUGGAGGGUCUCGAAAGCUUAGGCUCAAUGCUGUGCGUAGUUGUCAAGAAUGAUGUGGCUUUAUUGAAUAGUUCAGUACAAUGGUUUCGCAUACAGCCUGAGGGACACAAGAAGGAAAUCAUUUCCGGUGCCACAAAGCUAGCAUAUGCUCCAGAACCUCAUGACGUAGGGCGGUACCUGCAAGCUGAGGUUAACCUUGGUGGUCAAACCUCUGUCGCAAAGACUGCUGGCCCACUAGACCCUGCACCAGGUUUGGUCGAUUAUGUAGAGACCCUUGUAAGGAAUCCUGAAAACGACUACAAUGUUGUUGUCCUUCAAGUGAACGGAAUCUACCAACCUACAGAUUCCAUCCAUGUCCUAUGCGUCGGGAAACUGCGGAUGCGACUUGCCAAAGGAACGACGGUAGUAGCCAGGGAAUUCUACUCGUCGUCGAUGCAGCUAUGCGGCGUUAGAGGCGGCGGAGACGCUGCGCCACAGGCAAUGUUCUGGCAGCCGAGGGAAGGCCUCAGCUUGGUCCUGGGCUUCGAGACGCCAAGGGAGCGCAACUCGGCGAUCAUGCUCGCCCGGAGAUUCGCCAUCGAUUGCAACAUUAUCCUCGCCGGUCCAGGGGACAAAACUCCGUGGUGA